GACCUGGUACUUCGCUUAAAAUACCUGGAACUGGUCAUGGCGCUGGGCCUAGCAAAGCUAUCAGGCCAGUGACACAAACAGGGCGACCCCUGACAGGUUUUGUACGACCUAGCACACAGGCUGGGAGACCAGGUAGCAUUGAACAAGCCUUAAAGACUCCAAGAACUGCUCACACUGCCCGUCCAAUGACUAGUGCUUCAGGGAGAUAUGUCAGGCUUGGAACAGCCUCCAUGCUCACAAAUCCUGAUGGUCCUUUCAUCAAUGUGUCUCAACUGAAUUUAAAUAAUUAUGCUCAAAAACCAAAGUUGGCAAAGGCUUUGUUUGAAUACAUUUUUCAUCAUGAGAAUGAUGUUAAGAAUGCUUUAGAUUUGGCAGCAUAUGCUACACAGCAUGUCCAAUUCAAGGACUGGUGGUGGAAAGUACAAAUUGGGAAGUGUUAUUACAGGUAAACUAGGAACCGAAUUUGUCUACCUUUUUAU